GUGCGGCCGGGCACCGGGGGUGGGCGGAGCUGUGGGCGAGCUUCGCGGCGGGCGUUGGAGGCAGCGGGGAGCAGAGCGGGGCCACCGGGGCCUCGCUAGGGCCGCAGCGGCAGCAGUUGGGCCCCCCGCCCCGGCCGGCGGCCGGAGAGCGCAGGAAGGGGGCCGGGGGGACCCGCCCCCGGCCGGCAGCAGUCAUGAACUCCAACGUGGAGAACCUGCCCCCCCAUAUCAUCCGCCUGGUGUACAAGGAGGUUACGACACUGACAGCUGACCCACCUGACGGUAUCAAGGUCUUUCCCAAUGAGGAGGACCUCACUGACCUGCAGGUCACCAUCGAGGGCCCUGAGGGGACCCCAUACGCCGGAGGCCUCUUCCGCAUGAAACUCCUGCUGGGGAAGGACUUUCCUGCCUCCCCGCCCAAGGGCUACUUCCUGACCAAGAUCUUCCACCCAAAUGUGGGCGCCAACGGUGAGAUCUGCGUCAACGUGCUCAAGAGGGACUGGACAGCUGAGCUGGGCAUCCGGCACGUGCUGCUGGGGACAUGGGUUCGAGCCCUGGUCUGGGAAGAUCCCACAUGCCGCGGAGCAACUGGGCCCGUGAGCCACAACUACUGAGCUUGCGCGUCUGGAGCCUGUGCCCCAC